AUGAAUGAGCUUGGUUUGCUAACCAAGGUCGCGUUUCGUCUAGUACUGUUCAAACGCAAGCCGGUACAAUACCUUCCUCAGACCGUGAUUGAAGAUGAUAGCUCUGAGGUAUGCACCGUGAUCGCGCUGGCACUUGAGACUCCGCCCACUCACUAUUCGUCCUUCUGGCAGGUCUGGGUGAUCCCAGAGACCAACGAGGUUUUUACCACAUACGAACCCUACCUUCAGCGCAUGGAUUUCUACAAGCAACGCAGAUUUAUUUGUGAAAUUACCGGCCAUUCUGGGUUGACAUUUUUCGAGGCGCUUCGCAGUGAGACGGAGGAGUCGCGUGAGGUCAACAACAGUUUCCCAGAUGCUCUGAGAGAGCCCAUUCUGCGCCGAAUUCAGUUUUCCACUGUCUCACGAGUGGAUAGCCUGGUGGAUGAGGUUUACGAAGAAUUCAAAUCAGACUUUUACCCGGGUGAAGCUGUGCUAAUUCUACUAGAGGACAGCAGCCGACUUCACGGUACCAUCAGAGAUAAGGCCAACUUUGCAGAGCAGUUGUACGCUGAUGGUACCAUCAAAACGCCCGCGUUUGCUAGAUAUCUAGUCAAGAUUCUGGAUCGACAAAAUGAGGAGGCCCUGCUGGACCAGAAUCACAUCACGCGUGACCGAAAAGCAUUCACAAAGCUGAUGCUGCGCGGUUUUAUCAAGAACAAUGUGACCAGAGAGUCAUGGACUGGCGCGCCUUGGUUGGUCAAGCCAACUGUCGCUGAGACGUACAAGAUUCCGAUUGAGGUGCCGAAGCACCUGCAGUAUGGAGCCAAGGUGGCAGAAAAGAAAGCAAUGAAGAAGGCCGAUCAAGAUGGCUUCUUUGGUUUCUUCUCUUCCCAGCAGCUGCCCGAGCUGAAGCCUGCCGUCAAGGGACAGAAGUCGAAACUGUCUGCUCAUGACAUGGUCAAAUCAAGGGAGGCACAGUAUCAAGAAUACCAACGAUCUCUGAAUGGGGAUGCGUCAUUCCUUCUGCCUUCCAAUCCUCUGCGCCCCUCCAAACCGCCGCUGGUUGGCGACAGGAAGAAUGCUGGUUCACCGUCAGUCAUUGUCAAGCAUGAACCCAGACUGGCAACCCCUCCACCGAUCAAGUAUCCAAUUGAAGACUUGGAACUUGCUCCCAAUGCUGAGAAACAGCAUCGCCCGACUCUCAAGUUUAUGAUGGUAGGCGAUUCCGAUGAUGAAGCUGUGCAGGAUCUUUUGCCCGAUGAUCUAGAGCCCGAGACGGUCGGGUUGCUUCUGGAGACCUGGGAUACACUUAAUGUCUACUGCGAGGUCUUCGAGCUGGACUCUUUCCCCUUUGACGACUUCAUCCAGGCAAUGCGAUUCUCGUCGGAGGAGAUUGACUGCGAGCUUUUUGUAGAGGUGCACUGUGCUGUCCUCAAGAAGCUCGUGAACGCGUCGGACGGCAGCGAUGGCGCCGUCCAGGUUACCCUGCCAGACUUCCCAGUGGAUGAAUCUGAUGAGUCUGAGGAUGAUGAAGACGAAGAGGAGGAGGAAGAGGAAGAGUCCCCGAAGCCGCAGGCCAAGCCCGAGAGAAUGGCAACUCGAGGCAGUCUGGCCAAAGAAGAGUUGGUAACCAUCAAAUCACAGAUCGAAGAGGCUGAGCCGGAGGAUACGCGUCUGCAUCGCGCCGACGAGCUCUUUGAGAAAUACGGCUGGAUUGACCGCCUCCGCAAGCGUGAUUUCCGUAACGGUGGAUGGCAGACAGUGAUGGUAGGACUCCUGCAUCAACUGUCUGUUCGACCUCGCGCGGAGCAGGUUUGCAAUGAUAUUCUCAAGCACCUAGCACCUCUCGACACCGACCCUACACCCAGCACUGUGCAGGAGCAUUACCAAACCCUGGACAUUAACCUGCGUACCAAGGCACUGCAGAAGAUCUGCAUGUUGAGCUUGGAAACCAAGGCUAUUCGCAACUAUCUAGAGGAGUGCAGCAACCAGAUGACAGAGCUCCGCAAGGAAAAGAUCGAGUAUCAGAAGGCGCGCAAAGCAGCACUUAUCGAGCUUCGCCAGUUACACCAGGAGCGCAAGGCUGUCCAACCCGAACCUGAAAAGGCCGGCAAGUCACCCACCCCAGUCCCUGAACUGGACGGCCUGGAUGAUUCGAGGAUGACCGGACUCGAGGGAGACUCGGAGAUGGUUGUGGACACAGAAGAUGAGGAUGCUCCCCGACCACGCGCUUUGCGGGGAGGAGUGGACAGAGCUUUGGAGCGCAAGCGCAAGCAAGAGCUCGAGAAAGAGCGAAAAGAGAUCUUGGCCAAGCAACCAAAGGGGUCGAAGCAAUAUCAGAAAGUCUUGAAGAAGAUCGAUGACCAGAAGGCCAAGAUCGAGAAACUUCAGGAGCAGAUCGAGACAGUGGAAAACAGCCUUCGCGAGACUGACUGCCCCCGGACCAAGUGCCUUGGACAGGACCGCUUCUGCAACCGUUACUGGUGGUUUGAACGCAACGCAAUGCCCUAUGAAGGUAUGCCGGAGAGCUCGAGUGCGGAAGCAGGCUACGCCAACGGCCGCCUUUGGGUGCAAGGUCCGGAUGAGUUGGAAUAUUCUGGGUUCAUUGACGUGACCGAAGAACAGCGCAAGCAGUACCAGAAGCAUUUUCAGACUACUCCUGCGGAGCGCAAGAAGCACGAAGAGGGUCCGACUCACCUCUCCAAUGCACGUGAAUGGGGUUACUACGAAGACCCCGAGGCCAUCGACCAGCUCGUGGAAUGGCUUGACACGCGCGGCAAUCGCGAGUUCAAGUUGAUGAAGGAGCUUCUCCUUCAGCAAGAUGUCAUUGCCAAGUACAUGAAGACCCGCAAGGAGUACCUUGCUGAAACUCUCGAGCGAGCCGAGUCGGAAGACAUUCCCACCAAGCGUGUCACUACACGGACUAAGACCUACGUGGAUGUGAGCGACAACCGUCUCCGCUGCCUGCGUUGGAAGAACAAUACCGCCCUUUCUGUACAUGGCCAUCUCCAUGUUGACCCUGGGCGACCCACCAAACGCAAGCGGGUCUCCGACGACACCAGGGGCGCAAAGGCAGCUAAGCAGGUCAAGCCAUUACCCCGGACUCGUGCGCAGCGCAACCGCUGA